AUGCAACCCAAUAUUUUUCCGACCACUGUAUCCUGUGUACAAGACAAAAUACAAACCACUACCUCGCUAGCAAUUGCAAUUACGAUAGCAAGAAUAGAAAAAAAUAGUAUUGUAAAUAUACAAAAAGAAAUAAAAGAAUUCGGAAAGCAAGCAUUUAAAAGAGGCAUUAAUGCGAUUAAUAACGGUGGAAAAAUCGCAAAAAUUAACAUGAUUGAUACUGGAAGAAUUAUGUCGACGGCCGAUUUAAAUAUUAACGUUAACAAGAUUGUAAUAAGUAUGGACCAGGUGAAAGCCGAUGCGACAAUGGUCACCUUGUCGAUGCCAAAUGUUGCGUAUAAUAUGGAUGGCAUCAAAAUGAAAG